CUGUUUAAGUACGUGUUCUACAUGUUUGUUAUUUCACAACAUACAAAUAAAUAAGUAAACCAGAUAAUAGUGGCAAAUUUUUCGCAAUUAGAACAGAUUUCCAUUGUUUGAAAGGGAAUAAUAGAACUUUAUCAAUUCCAAAAACCACAAUGUUGAUUGCUAAAUAAUUGACAGGUGUUCACAGAUCCUAACUAUAUUUGCUGAUACGAAAUGAUUGAUUUAUCUAAACUGUUAGCACAGCAAUCACGAACAGUCCAUUCAUGACAGGUUGUGGGAAAAGAUUUCAGAAGUUGAUUCGAAAAAUCUGAUGGUCGAUGCUUUGAAAGUGGUGUACUUCACUCCGAACACAACAACCGCAAGGUGAAGAUGAAGCCAAAGAAACUGUGUUUAAUUUGUGUGUCCGUUUUGCUGAUAAUUUCUGGAUUUCUCAUCACUCUCCUUGCUCCAAUUGUCCUGACACACGUUAUUCGCACGCAAUUCGUACUCACACCUGAAUCAAAACUCGCGCAGUCAUGGGAAAGGGUUUCGAGUAUGAUGCCCAUGGACUUUUAUUUUUUCAACUGGACGAACCCACAAGAUAUCUACAACAGGAGCGUCAAACCGAGAUUUGAGCAGGUCGGACCUUAUCGUUUUAUGAUGGAUUUAAGGAAAACGAAUGUCACGUGGAAUGAGAAUGGAACGGUGACGUACAAACAACAGAAAUUUUGGCACUUUAGUGAAAAGGGGACGAACGGUAGUUUGCAGGAUAGAGUAACCACGCUGAACACACCUGCUUUGGGUGCUGCUCACGUCGCUCGCAACUGGAACUACAUAGUCCGCAAAGGCCUCUCUUUCUCGUUAAGCAGCAUUUCCGUAACUCACACCGUCGACGAACUCCUCUUCACUGGGUACCCAGACGCUCUAACCAAAAUGGCCGGAACUCUACCCUUCUUCGCAGACAAAAAUAUCCCAAAGUGGGACAGAUUCGGCUGGUUUUAUAUGAGAAACGGUUCAAGUGAUUUUGAAGGCAUCCUGAACAUGGAAACCGGAACAAACUCCCCUUUUGGAACACUCAACAGCUGGAACUACUGGACCAAGACUCGGUACUUUGAUGGCAACUGCGGAAAAGUUGAAGGGUCCAGCGGAGACAGGUUCGACGCCAGUGGAAACACCAUCAAAAUGUUCUUUUCGGAGUUGUGUCGCUUUCUGGAGUUGGAAUACGUUGGAGAAACUGAGGUGGACGGUAUAGUGGGAAAGAAAUAUGUUUUAGGAGGGCGUGCACUGGAUAAUGGUACUAAGUACCCGAGCAAUAAAUGUUUUUGUACUGGUGACUGCAUGCCUUCUGGUGUUUUCAAUGCAUCUAGUUGUCAAUUCGGAUCGCCUACUUUUAUGUCGUUGCCGCAUUUCUACAACGCAGAUCCGUACUAUACUAGUCUGGUUGAGGGUUUAGGACCACGACAGGACAAACAUGAAUUCUGUAUGGUCCUGGAGCCUAAAACGGGUGUCCCUCUGCUAGCAAAUGCUAAACUUCAGGUCAAUUUCUUGCUGCAUUCAGUAGACGCAAUUUCAUUAUACGAAGAUGUCCCUACUGUUUUUGUUCCGAUAAUAUGGUUCGACCAAAGGGCUACAAUUCCGAAAAAACAACUGCCGAUGUUUAAGCUGCUGCUAAAUGUACCGACCAUUAUGACAUCCAUUGGAGGUGUAUUGAUGGUCACAGGUAUCGUUUUACUGGUUGUGUUAAACUUUUACGUUAUAAAGAAGAAAAAGAAGAAAACAACUAUAAAUCAACCAGAAGUAUCUCCUUUAAACCCCCAAGAGAAAUGUGGAUUAGUCUCGAAGAAACAGCUGACAUCGUGAUAUGUAUUAUAAAUUAUUGAACUUGUUAAUUAGUAAUAUACUCAGUAAGUGAAAAAGUA